AGAAUCCGGGAGGUUCCAAAAAGGACCCCCUUCCCCGCUGGAGCCUUGUGGCUCCUCGACCUGAUUGCCAGCACCCCAAAUAUCACCCCUUCUUAGGGUGGGGUUUCCCCCAAAAAAGCGAGGAGGAGAAGAAAAGAAGAUGGCGACCGAGAAAAGGGUUGCUGGUGGAGCAGCCAUGAAGAAAUGCAAUAAAUUCCUUGUUGUUUUAUGAAAAUUUACAACUUUGUGAUAGAAGUUUAUGAGUGGUUGAAUCCAGCGAUUGGCCGGCGCCGGUCAUGUGGCCGGGCGGUCGUGAACAUGAACUUUUUAUCAUUUCCCUGGUGGUUAUCCUGCAGCAUUCUUUUGGACACCACACCUAGGUCGGAGCACUGUCGUCCUUCAGGGCUCCAGCCUCUUGAUAUUUUUACACUUCACUAUCAGUUCGAUCAAGCAAACGAGAGAGGGAAAGGGAGGACGAGAGAGGGGGAGAGGCAAGGAGAGAGAGAGAGAGGGGGGAAGGAAGGGUGGGAAUUACACAAAAGAGAGGACCUGAAAUAAUUUUAAUUCCUAAGUUCAUUUCCUGGCUGAUCUGGGAUUUUUAGCCACCAUGGAGGGUAAAUGGACAAUCUGCCCAGGACUGCAGGCUGAUGCCAUUUUUCAAAGCCAGAACUUACUCCAUUUUCUAUGCAAAUGUCAGGAAAGGAAAAAAACGAAACACCCUCUCUCCCAAGCCGGAGAAGGGGAAGCGACGGCUCUCAGGUUGGGACAAUAUUAUCUGGAAGAUGAAGAAGAAACCGAACGCUCUUUUUUUGUUGUUUUUUCCCCUUCUUCCUCCCCACCCUUUUCAACCGGAGGACAGAAACCUCAAGAUCUGCAAAGCAAAUCUCCGCAGACCGGCUGUUUGGGGGGAAAAGUGUUAGCCGCCUCUCCCAGACCUGCGAGGGGGAAGCAUUUUGGAACCGUAAAGUUGAAAACUUUUUUCUCUCAGUUUGGAAGAAGCCCUUCGCCAUGCGUGGGAUGCGAGGAGGAGUUCCGGGCGAGAGGAGGCGAGAGGCAGAAAGGAGGGGAGAUUUCUCGCCUGCCGCUCGCGCUGGGGCUCGAUGUGAAUAUAUAUUAUGUCUGCCUGUUCUCCCCUCGUCGGUGGCUAAGGUCAGCCAGCGGCUCCCUCCGAACAGACCCCGGGAGGAGGGGGGCGGACAAGGGAGGGGGGGUCCGGCGCCCCACGUGACCCCCGGGGGUGCCAAUGUCCGGUCGUGAGGGUCCCAGGCCCUCGCAAGUCGCCCCCCGCUGCCCGGGUCCCGCCCAGCGAUGCAGAAAGCCACCUACUACGACAGCAGCGCCUCGGCCGCCCUCUUCGGAGGCUACUCCUCGUACCCCGGCAGCAAUGGCUUCGGCUACGAGGGCGCCCCCCAGGCCCCGUUCCCGGCCGCCGCGCACCUGGAGGGCGACUACCAGCGCGCGGCGUGCUCGCUGCAGGCCCUGGGCGGCGCCGGCCCGCACGCCAAGGCCAAGGAGCUCAACGGCGGCAGCUGCAUGAGGCCCGGCCUGGCCCCCGAGCCGCUGCCCGCCCCGCCCGGCUCGCCCCCGCCCAGCGCCGCCCCCACCAGCACCUCCAGCGGCGGCGGCGGCAAGGGCGGCCCCCCCAAAGGCGGCCCCGGCGCCAGCGCCACCCUCACCAAACAGAUAUUCCCCUGGAUGAAAGAGUCGAGGCAAACGUCCAAGCUGAAAAGCAGCUCCCCCGGCACAGCGGAGGGCUGCGGCGGCGGCGGCGGCGGAGGAGGCGGAGGCGGAGGCGGAGGAGGCAGCGGUGCAGGAGGAGGAGGAGGAGGAGGCGGCGGCGGCGGCGGCAGCGGCGGGGGAGGGGACCGGAGCCCCCCGGGCUCGGCGGCGUCCAAGCGGGCCCGCACGGCCUACACGAGCGCGCAGCUGGUGGAGCUGGAGAAGGAGUUCCACUUCAACCGCUACCUGUGCCGGCCGCGCCGCGUGGAGAUGGCCAACCUGCUGAACCUCAGCGAGCGCCAGAUCAAGAUCUGGUUCCAGAACCGGCGCAUGAAGUACAAGAAGGACCAGAAGGCCAAGGGCCUGGCCUCGUCCUCGGGGGGCCCGUCCCCCGCCGGCAGCCCCCCGCAGCCCAUGCAGUCCACCGCGGGCUUCCUGAACGCCUUACACGCCAUGACGCCCAGCUACGAGAGCCCGUCCCCGCCCGCCUUCGGCAAGGCCCACCCGAACGCCUACGCGCUGCCCCCCACCUACCAGCCGCCCCUCAAAGGCUGCGGCGUCGCCCCCCCGCAGAAAUACCCCCCGACGCCGGCGCCCGAGUACGAGCCCCACGUCCUCCCGGCCAACGGGGCGGCCUACGGGACGCCCGCCAUGCAGGGCAGCCCGGGCUACGUGGGCGGGGGCGGCUACGUGGAUCCGCUGCCGCCCCCUGCCGGCCCCUCCCUCUACGGCCUCAACCACCUCUCCCACCACCCCUCGGGGAGCCUGGACUACAACGGGGCGCCCCCGAUGGCCCCCAGCCAGCACCACGGACCCUGCGACCCCCACCCCACCUACACAGACCUCUCCUCUCACCAUGCGCCUCCUCCUCCUCCUCCUCCUCAGGGUAGAAUCCAAGAAGCGCCCAAGUUAACGCACCUGUGAUGGGAGAGGGAGGGCGGAGGGAGGAGGUAAAGGGGUGGGGGCGGGGGAGAGCCUGGAGGUCUGAAGGAAGAGGCAGGGACUUGGCCACCAGGCUUCCUGGGAAGGAUGGGCCUGGAGUCCCUUCCCUCCGUGGCCUGGGAGGUUGCUUUUCAAAGAUCCUCCAGCCCUUGUGCCAUCUGUCUGCCUGCCCGCCGAAAAGGGGCCCACAGCAGGUUGGAGAUGACAGCCUACCCCCACCCCCACCCCCCACCCCGCAAUCAACCCUAGGCCUCUGGCAAUAUGCAGUUGGCAUUCCAGGCUUGGGAGUGGGCUAGAGGGAGGAGACAGGGCAACAAGGUAGAGAAGCACAUUUUAAAAACACAGACAAGAUGGCAAGGCCAUCACUAACCAACCAACCAACUUACCGUCAGUCUCUGUGGGUACUUCCCCCAAAUCUUGAUUGUUUUCCCACCUUGCAAUUCUCCUUUAAAAAGAAUUAGGAAACGUUUCAAAACCAGGGGCACCAAGCACCACCCCCUCCCACCUCCCCGAAGUCUCCACUGUCCUCCCGUCUCUCGGAGUUAAUUGGGCACUCCCUUGUAGCACCAUAUUUUUCUGCUCCAGGACAUUAAUAUCUCUACCCCGACCCCAUCAAUUACAGUUUCCAGAGGGCUCAGGGAUGGCGAGAGAUCUUGAAAGUCAAAGCUGUCUAUAUUAUAAAUAUCUAUAUUUUUUUCUUUUAUGGAAAAGCUGGGAGGUUGAGGGCAGGCAAAGUGUCAGGACGGAGGGUUUGCCCAUUCUACUGCCUCCCGCCCAUCUCAGCUCCAGGUCCAUCCCCCUCCUCCCACAGAAAGCAAUCGGAGACACGAGGUUCUUCUACACUUUUUUCUUCCGUUGCUCUCUUGACUUAACGUGAAAACAGGGUAUAUUUUAACAAACUGUCUGUCCCAGGCAGGGCUGCAGCUGGGCCCGUGUGCCUUGCUCAACCCCCUGACAGGACACUUUCGUUGCACUUAGAGUUUACAUUUUAAUGGAUAUAAAAACAACUGUGAGAGGUGCCUGGGCCUGCAGGAGUCCAGCGUCGCUCAAAAAGUGUGUGUUCUAGUGAACAUUUUCAUAUAUAUUUAUUGGUCAUAGCCUGUUAAAAUAUUUUCUUUUUUUUGUAUUAUUUAUCCCCGUACAUUAUGUAUUUAUAUGAGGGAAAAAGGAAAAAAAACUGUUUUUUUUUUAGUAUUACUUGUUAUAAAGGACGUGUUUCCUGUCAUGUAAAACCAGCUAUUUUAGUUAUGAUUGUACUCUAGGAAAGAGCUGUAGAUUUAUGUUAAACUCGUAUUUAGGAGCAAUUGUAAUUAGUUCUAAAAGGCAUGAACUCAGCUCCUAAUUGUCACUGUAUAGUCCUGAAUUUGUAGAAUUAGAGUUAAUUCCCUCUUGGAACUUCCUUUGUUCUUCCGUAGUUACUUUUUUUCCUUACUUAAAAGGGUUGUCUGUCAAACAAUUCUUGAAUAAACUUUCUGUUAUCAAUUUUA